GUUGUUGCCAGACCUGAUCUAACUGUCUGCGUACGGUCCAUCCUUUUCCUUAAGACCUGCACGUGUAAACCCCCAAUCGCAUUUACAUACUCUUCAUGAGCGUAAACCAUAGCGCUUGGCAAGCGCAUAGUAACGAGCAAGCUGCUGGGCAGGAAGUCAAUUCGUUUCUGCCGCCCGCAGCCUUGCAACCGCGUGCAUCCCCGGACCUUUCAUCGCACACGGCGCAGAACGCCUCGCAGCUUCCUCCUAAAGCACGUUUUACGCACGCGUACAAGCUAGGCCUCGUAGAUUGUGCAGCCGGCUCCGACGCUGUGCAAGGCUUUCAGGACCUUUCUCAUCUCAGCCACGCUGCAGCCAGUGACUCAGAGCUUCCACUAGCAACAUCGACUGGGAACACGCAUACGGGUUCAGGGACCUCGGCAACCUGGUUCCAGCAACACCCUCACGACAAUCCCAUCGACGACAUCGACGUCAGUGAGUACGUUGCCUUUCGGCCGCGCAAGCACCAUUUGGAUUCUGAAUCCGAAGGCGAGGACGCAGCUGUCGGCGACGGAUUGGACGAGGAGGAGAUCCUAGAUCCAUUCCAUCGCGGUCCCAAAGCCCAGCGCCUGGUUACAUCCAAAAUUCAGGGACACGCGGAGCCCCGCAAACCGCGCAUAGGGCCCCAGUACCAGGCUUUCGUGCCGCCUUGGCCUCCCGGUCUGUAACUACCUGAAAAGGAAGGGACUGGCGUGUCGGUUGGAUCGUUGCGGUGUACCGACUUGUGAAGGUAGCCCGAGAGCGCUUGGUAGCGGCAGCACAGCAGAGGCAGCAACUUGACAAAAGGAGCAAAAGCGGAGUAACCAGAAACCCCCAAAGCAGCUGUUAGCACCUGUCAUAGCAGCAGUAUUGCAGCUUUAUAACGGAAAAACAGCAGCAGCAGCAGCACAGCGACCAUGUGGGGUGGCCGGGCGGUGCGGGCUCGGCGCUUCUCCCUGCUGCUGCUGGAGGAGGAGGAGGACUACGUGCAGGACUGGGUGGUCCACGCCGCCUGGCCGGCCGAGCGGGUGAGCGGCAACUGGCAGCGCAGCCCGCUGCUGCCCGGCCGCCUGCGCCUCGCCACCCGCUCGCUGUUCUUCGAGCCGGAUGACACACGCAUACCCAUUGCCAGGAUCCCCUUCGCCGCCGUCACCUCCCUCACCAACGGCCCGCCGGCGGCGACAGUCGCAGCGGAUCUCUCUGCAGCAGCCGGCGGCAGCGGCGGCAGCCUCCGCCACCACCAGGCGCCCACCACCAUGCGGCGUGGCGGCGGUUCCGCUUCCACUUCCACAGCAGCCGCCAGCGGCGGCGGCGGUCCGAGCCUCGUCAUCGACACGCGGGAGGUCGUACUGAUGCGAGCCAACAUGGAGGAAGUGCCGUACACCUUCAUCCGGAGCGACGGAGGCGGCAAUGCUGGUGCUGGAGGUGGAGGUGGAGGUGGAUUUCCCCCGAUGCGUUGGGCGUUCAGCCCCUGCUACAGCCCGCUGCAGCCGCUGAUGUCCCAGGCGCGAGAGCUGCUGGAGCUCAACCGGCGGCCGCGGGAGGAGCGGAAUGCGGCACUGGAGGAGCUCUCCCGCACUCGGUUGGACGAGGUGUCGUUCGACGUGACGCGACUGCUCGACUUCUCCGAGCGCCUGCUGUGGGUGGGCCCCGUGGUGGCGCUGUCGCCGCUGGUGCGGGAGCGGGGGCUGCUGGGCAUCACUCCCGCGCGGGUAUACUUCCAGCCGCUGCACAACGUGACAGGCGAUACCCCCCUCAAGUCACACCCCCUCGCCGCCAUCGCUGCCGUGGCUCGCCGCCGCAGCAGCCUGCGCGCCAUCGGGCUGGAGCUCUUCUUCCUGCACCCGCCCGCAGCACACCACCAUCAGCACCGCCACCACCACCAUCAUCACAAGCACCACCAAAGCGCUACGCAGCAGUACGAGCAGCAAUAUGAACAUCAGCUAGAGCAGCAGCUAGCUGCCCUGGCAGCAGGACCGCUGUGGGACGCGCCCUCCGCCUUCUUCGCCUUCCGCUCCGAGGCGGACCGCGAGGCCGCCCGCCACCUGCUCACCCACCAGCCCGAACUGGGCCGCUGCGUGCCGCGGAGGAGCCCCCUGCCGCCGCAGCCAGGGCGGGGCAGCGGCGCAGCAGCGGGAGCAGCAGGCGGAGGAGGAGGAGCAGCAGCAGCACCAGCAGCAGCAGCAGGCGGAGGCGAGGGGGCGGCGGUGGACCCGCUGGCGGCUCACGGCAUGUUGCUGGAGGCGGCGGGCCCCUGGUUGCGGCGGGUGACGGCGGCGUGGCAGCGGGGGGGCAUCUGCAACUUUGACUACCUGCUCUACCUGAACUUCGCAGCGGGUCGCAGCUUCAACGACCUGGCCCAGUGGCCGGUGUUCCCCUGGGUGCUGCGAAACUACGUGAGCCCCUGCCUGGACCUACACGACCCCGCCAACUUCAGGGACCUCUCCAAGCCCGUGGGUGCACUCAACCCCACCCGACUGGAGGAGUUCCGGCGGCGGUUCCGAGACAUGCC